CUCCCUCCACGACGACACAGAGCCCAACUCAACCAGCUCACCAGACGAACCGAGCAAACGAUCGAACACCCACCAUGCACACCACGAACGGCGCGCCUGCAUGCUGCGACGCCAACGCCGACACGCCCCCGCUUCACCUCAUCUUCGUGCCCUUCCUCUCGCGCAGCCACUUCGGCCCCGUCACAGCAAUGGCAGCCGAAGCCGACGCCUGCCACCGCGGAGGGCGAACCGCCGCAACCAUCGUCACCACGCGCCACUUCGCAGCAAUGGCCCCGGCAUCCGUGCCGGUCCGUGUGGCGCAGUUCGGGUUCCCGGGUGGGCACAACGACUUCUCCCUCCUCCCGGGCGAGGUCUCGGCCGCGGCGUUCUUUGCCGCCGCGGAGGAAGCGUUGGCGCCGGCACUCGGGGCGGCGGUGCGUGGGCUUCUCCGCGAAGGGGGCUCCACCGCCACCGUGACAGUCGUCUCGGACGCGGUGCUCCACUGGGCGCCGCGUGUGGCGCGCGAGUGCGGCGUGCUGCACGUGACGUUCCACACCAUCGGUGCCUUCGCCGCUGCCGCCAUGGUGGCGAUCCAUGGACACCUCCACUUACGUGAGGCCAUGCCAGACCCGUUCGGCGUCGACGAGGGCUUCCCGCUCCCCGUGAAGCUCCGCGGGGUGCAGGUCAACGAGGAGGCCCUCGUUCACCUCCCCCUCUUCCGCGCCGCCGAGGCCGAGAGCUUCGCCGUCGUCUUCAACAGCUUCGCGGCGCUCGAGGCCGACUUCGCCGAGUACUACCGUAGCCUGGACGGGUCUCCCAAGAAGGUGUUCCUCGUCGGCCCAGCGCGCGCCGCCGUCUCCAAACUCAGCAAAGGCAUCGCUGCCGACGGCGUCGACCGGGACCCUAUCCUGCAAUGGCUCGAUGGCCAACCGGCAGGGUCGGUGUUGUACGCGUGCUUCGGGAGCACAUGUGGGAUGGGCGCGAGCCAGCUCACGGAACUCGCUGCUGGCCUGCGCGCGUCGGGCCGGCCAUUCCUCUGGGUCAUCCCGACGACGGCGGCGGAGGUAACAGAGCAGGAGGAGCGCGCGUCCAACCACGGCAUGGUGGUGGCCGGGCGGUGGGCGCCGCAAGCGGACAUCCUGGCGCACCGCGCUGUGGGCGGCUUCCUCAGCCACUGCGGGUGGAACUCGAUACUGGAUGCCAUCUCUGCCGGCGUGCCACUCGCGACUUGGCCAUUGCGCGCCGAGCAGUUCCUCAACGAGGUGUUCCUCGUCGACGUGCUCCGCGUGGGCGUGCGGGUGCGUGAGGCUGCCGGCAACGCGGCCAUGGAGGCGGUGGUGCCGGCCGAGGCGGUGGCGAGAGCGGUGGGUAGGCUGAUGGGCGACGACGACGCUGCGGCGAGGAGAGCGAGGGUGGACGAGCUGGGCGUCGCGGCGCGCACAGCCGUGUCCGACGGCGGGUCGUCGUGCGGUGACUGGGCGGAGCUGAUAAAUCAGCUAAAAGCGUUACAGCUUACAUCGUCACGAGACAGACGCACUGAUGCAGUGACAAGGGACUGACUCACAUGCAGGCCAGUAGUAAACAAAUACGGAAUACUAAAAGAUCAAGAUUAAUUUAUACAAGUUCAUAAAAACACAAUCCAACAUCCUGCCCUUUACCAGUGUAUUACUUCCUCUGUUACAGAAUAAGUUAAUUUAGUACAGGGUGUAACACAUCCUACUAAACUA